ACUCAAAAUUGAAACAACGCGGACACAAAACGGUUGAAACGCAGAGCAGAGCCCAGUGCGAAAAGAAUUUCAUAAUCAAAAGUUAAUCGAGUGCUACAACAAAAAGAUACACUCGCAAGCAAACCAAAAAACACGGCUAAAAUAAAAGCCAGCCAAGAGAACAGUGCAAAAAAAGUGGAAGCCAACGGCUUGAAAAUUACACAAAACCCCAAGAAAACCGCCCAACAAACGGAAUACCCUAACAAAAUGGUUGUCGAGGAGACCUGCACAAUGCACCUGGAACGCGAUCUGGAUAUGGAGCUGGAGCUGGACAUCGAUCUGGCCAUGGAGUGCGCCCCCAUUGGACGCGUGGUGAAAUCGGCCCUUCUGAGGGCCCAAAGCGAGGCUCGUGUGAUUGUUGGCCUGUCGGCCGCCAUCAACGUGCUCUCCAAGUCCCCCGAGGGAUCCCUCUUCUGCCUGAUGGCCCAGCCCAAGGACGGCGACUCGGCCACCCACAUGCACGAGGUGCUGCUGGAGGCCUUCUGCUACGAGAACGACAUCUAUGUGAUCAAGGUCGACGAUGCCACCAAGCUGAGCCGCAUUUUGGGCCAGGACUCCGUCGAAUCCUGCUGCCUGGUCCAGAAGGUCUGGGCCGAUGCCCCCGAGGAGCAGCUGACCAAGGCCGAGAACCAGCUGGUCGACUACUGCGAGGCCCACUGGGACGCCCCCCAGCAUCCCAUUGUCCAGCUGCCGGCCGUGUGAGUCGAUCGAAUCCCACCACAGCCAUCGAAUUGAACAGGCCCCGCAAGGACAGUGGGCCACAAGAGAUUUAAAUCGCUCAAAAAACAAUCAAACCAGAAACCAGUUGCUGCUGGGGGUUGAUGUACCCCGAACGUCUUGGAGAGUUCCCGAGGGAAUCCGACGCUUCGGGGCGUUACUGAAACGCCCUACCUAUAUUGGAUAUAUAGUA